AUGUCGUCAGCUGUCCAGAGAAGAGGCCCUUGGUCUCAGUACGAAGACCAUCAACUCAUGAACCUCGUUCAACAACAUGGUGCGCUGAACUGGGUCCGCAUUUCACAAAUUCUUGGUUCCAGAACACCAAAGCAAUGCCGCGAGCGUUUCCAUCAGAACUUGAAGCCAUCUCUCAACCACGAACCCAUCACGGCUGACGAGGGCUACCUUAUUGAAGAGUUGGUACAAAGUAUCGGAAAGCGCUGGGCUGAGAUUGCACGCCGUCUCCCUGGCCGAAGCGACAACGCUGUCAAGAAUUGGUGGAAUGGAAGCCAAAACAGACGGAAGAGGUCCGACCGUCGUCGUGCCGUGCAAGGAGGUCAUGAUGACUACUACAACAAUGUGAACCGACCUGGACUUUCUAUCACAACGAACCAAGGCCUUCCCGUCCCAAGAGGACAGCCAUCACCCCUUGCUGGCCCUUCAGUCCGUCACCCUGUGAGCUCAUGGGUUGAGGCUCCUCUUCCUUCCCCUUGUUCCUCUGAUUCUGCCGAAUCCGAAACCGGAUCCAACUACACCACAUCGCCUGCUCACCACUCCAUCAGUCUCUACAGCAGCAGGCCGGUUGAAUUGGCGCCGCUACGCAAUCAUCCAUCUGGCAGAGAUCCCAGGUUCACCAUCUACGAGACAGGCAGUCAUGAUUCCAGGCUCCCUAGCAUCCAGACCUCGAACCUGAUACCCUACCAUGAGCGAUAUCCCGCGGAUCGAGGCGAAUACAAGCCUACAAUCCCUGCGUCGUUCACUCUCCAAGGACAAAGGCAGUUGCCCACAGCACCUAACUCGCCUGUUCAGCAACACCAGCAUCAACAACAACAACAACAGCCACCUCAGCCCCAGCCUCGACCUCGAUCCGUGCAGGACGAUCGUAUGCGUCUCCACUCGCUUCUUGAUUGA